AUGAAGACCACCUUCACUCUCCUCCUCAUCGCCAUGCAGGCCGUCAGCCUCGCUGCUGCCGGCCCGACCGACCUCCCCUUGGGCGUCGAGGUGCGCGAGGAGCAGGGCAGCCUCGUCGUGCGCGAAGUGUCCUCCGAGGGCACCGGUCUCGAAAAGCGAUGCCGCGAGUGCGUCCACGUCGGGGACCGCUGCACCAUCGGCCACGGCAGCUGCUACGCCAGGGAGCAGGCCUCGUGCACCUGGUGCGGAAACCACUGCAAGUCGAUCUGCAUCCCCAAUGGGGAGAGCUGCCAGAAGUGGUGUCUCUGA